ACAAAUCCAACUAUAAACUCCUCCCAACUCCCGUUCAACUUCAACCCUGUUUCAUGCUUUCAUCUUUCAUGUAAUUUCUGCUGGUGUUCUUUUUAUUAUCGUUAUAUUUGGUAAUGCUUGUAUUCGAAAAUAAAUAAGUAUACUUGUUUUCUAAAAGAUACGCAUACAUUUAAAUAGUAGAUAGUUCAAUUCAGUAAAUUUUAAGCUUCAAGCUGCUCCAAUUGGUAAGCUAUUACAUUUUUUCAUCGAUUUUGGUUGUAGUUUGCAGUCUGUAGUACUCGAGCAAUGUCUGGAAGAUACAGGGACUCAGGCAACCCUGAUUGCAAAAUCUAUGUUGGAGAUUUAGGCUCGUCAGCGUCGAAACAGGACCUGGAGGAUGCGUUCUCGUACUACGGGCCAAUCAGGAACGUGUGGGUGGCGCGCAAUCCGCCCGGCUUCGCCUUUGUGGAGUUCGAGGACCCGCGCGACGCCGAAGACGCCGUUCGUGGUCUAGAUGGGCGUAGCGUUUGCGGGCGACGUGUGCGCGUGGAGAUGUCGAACGGCUCGCGCAAAGGUGGUUUCCGCGGUCCCCCGCCGCGCAGCCGCGGCCGCCCCUUCCACCCGGAGGACCGCUGCUACGAGUGCGGUGAGCGCGGCCACUAUGCACGCGACUGUGGACGCUACAGGCGCGGAGGCGGCGGUGGACGUAGGAGGUCACGCUCCCGAUCACGUGACCGUCGUUCAAGGUCACGCAGCGCUUCAAGGUCAAGGUCACGCGAUAGACGUUCACGCUCGCGCACACCCAAGGACCGUAGCAAGUCAAGGUCGCGUUCUCGCUCUCGCUCCCGCAGCAGGAAUUGAAACACGUUGUGAUGUAAUUGGUUGAAUCAUACUUUCUGGCAGUGAAUGGGAGCCGAGAUUCACCCGAGAGAAAUGGCAACGCCUAAACUGUGAACAGUUUCAACACAUUCAUCCCACCAUCAAUAUGAUUAUUUGUAUUUAGAUGUAUUGUAGUGAACUUUACAUUAUAGUUAUUGGAGAUGUGUUGAUUUUUUUCCAUCUUGCGGAGAAAUUCAUUCUAGAUCCACUACUGCAUUCAUUUAUUUUAUAUAGAUUUGCAUUCCUCUCCAUGGAUUAAUGAUGACGAUGUACUAUUGCAAUUAGCUUAUUAAUCAUUUUAAUUUUGAAGAUUUGAAGUGUUGUUUUUCUUAAUUUUAAUCAUUUGAUACGUUUUGUUACUAAGUAUAGAAACAAUCUCGAAACUCUAUUUGUAUUAAGUUGCUCAAUAUCUUGGAAAAUGAAGUUUAUCUGCAUAAUUCAUCGAAUAGUAUAGGCCAACCUAUCAAAUUUUCAAUUAUUAUUACUACCUCACAUCACACAACAAAGUCAGUUGUAUUCUGUUUUGACCAUUUUAAGCGUUGUUUUAGUAUAAGAUGGACCUUAUCUUGAUGUGUCAAUGUUUUCUUUCUCAAUAUUUCACAGUUUUCUGACAUGUUCAAGUGUACUGUUUGACUGGUUUUUAUCUGACAGAUAAUAAAUGUUUGAUGAACUCA